AUGGCACUUAGAGAUUGCAAGUCAAUCUUCAAUGGACUUGAAACCCUGGUUGAUGUUGGAGGUGGCACAGGAACCACUCGUAGGAUAAUCUCUGAGAGAUAUCCUAAUUUGAAGUGCAUAGUGUUUGAUCUUCCACAAAUUGUUGAAAACUCUUCAGGAAGCCAUAACUUGAGCUAUGUUGGUGGCAGCAUGUUUGAAUCCAUCCCUUCUGCUGAUGCUAGGGAUGUAACAUUACCUGUUGUUGAUGUUGUGCACUGGAUAUUACACAACUGGGAUGAUGAAAGUUCCAUAAAGAUAUUGAACCAAUGUAAGGAGGCAAUUUCAAAGAAAGAUGAAGAAGGAGGAAAAGUGAUCAUCAUUGACGCAGUGCUAAAGGAAAAGGAAGAUGACAAUGACAUGGCACAAGUGAAACUCUUGUUUGACAUUUUGAUGAUGAGUACUCUCAAUGGAAAAGAGAGAACUGAGAAAGAAUGGAACAAACUUCUUGUCUCUGCAGGCUUCAAACAUCAUAAGAUUACUCCUCUUUUUAGUUUUAGGUCAAUCAUUGAGGCUUAUCCCUAA